UGCUCGGUGAGUACAGUCUCUGAGGAGUCGUGCGUAAAUCGUGUAUACGGUGACCAAUACAUAGUGUCAGUGUGGCGUGUGGCUAUAGGUAAUUGGUCAUCUCCUAGAAGAGCUGAGGCUGAGGAUCAAGCUCCAACAGAGAUAAUCAGAGUUUCGUUUACAAUGGCAGAUACUUCAGGCGAGUCCAGAACUAAUUCAGCCCCUCAAACGGGUUGGUUUGCAGUCAAGCAGGAAUUAAGUCAGGAUAAAAUUAAAGCUGCCCAAUGCGCAAUAAGACUUAUCACUAUACUUUUCACCUUUGUAUAUCUACUUCCGAUAUUUGGAAACCCAUAUGAUGCCUAUUAUAAGGUCCUGCUAAGUUGUACAGCAACAAACAUACUUCGCCUACAUCAAAGAGUACCAAGAAUUUCUUUCACAGCUGAAUUUAUGAGAAAUUUGUUUAUCGAAGACUCAUUUCAUUACAUAAUUUAUACAUGCAUAUUUCAGAUGACUGCACCAGUAACGAUGGUGAUCGUGCCCGUAUUUUUGUUUGCUCUUCUACAUUCUGCAAGCUAUUCUCUGACUCUUCUCGAUAGAUUAGGUCAGAACAGUUGGUGGGGAGCUCGUUUGUUGAUUUCACUUGUCGAAUUCCAGUCGAGAAGUAUAUUACGGCUUUGUGCUCUUUGUGAAAUCCUAAUUCUACCUUUGACUGUGUUGCUUAUUUUUACUGGAAGAACCGGACUUUUCACUCCUAUCAUCUAUUACCAAUUUCUGCAGCUACGCCUGUCUUCUCGAAGAAAUCAGUUUACCCGCCAAGUUUUCAUUGAAAUUACAAAUACCAUCAGUAGCAUUGCUAUGAAACCAACAUUGCCAGUCAUUCUUCGAAAGAUUCUCGGAGGUUUUGUUGAAAUGAUGCUCAGAAUGACGCCUGUUCAUCAACAAUAAAAUCACCUGGAAAACAAGUUACCCUGAUGAUGAUGAAUUUUUGAAUCAUGUGUUUAACAUUUUUGGUGACUAGAUAUGCUUUGUCACUUGAAAGGAUUUGAAGACCAAUGGUCUUUUGAACUUUUUUAAACUUUACCUACAUAAACAUUCGUAAGGUUACCAUUUUGUUUAGAAAAUUCAUGCUAUUAUGUCCUUAUGAACAUACUCACUAUAAAAUGUUAUUUUAUAAAUUUUGUUAAAAGCUCGUAAAACAUAUGUCAUUUCAUACCUUGUGAGCGAUAGUCCUUUUUCAAUUGAAAAAUUCGAUAAAAAUUAAAACAUUAAUGCAAAAUACUUUUAGUCCUAAAAUUUCUUUUUAUUAACGCCUAUGGUUGAAAAAUUUAAAGAUAUGUAAUUGAAUUUACAAUUUAUACCCUGGUACCUGAAAAGUGACUGGAUAUUUUUGUGGUACCAAAGGUUUUGAUAAAAACGAAUCUUUCUAGCAAAAUUUUAAAAAGUUAACUUUUUUACAUGUUAUAUUGAGAUAUUUCAGUGACGAACUUAUAAAAUUUAUAUGUAUUUUCAUUCUUUACAAUGAUUCCAGAAAGCGGUCUAAUGCUUCAAUCAUUAUUUGAGAUUUAUUAUUCGUCUUUGAAUGAUAAAUAACAGAUCCCACAUUCGAUUAGAUUUUUUAUUGAUAAAUUGAACAAAGAUGAUCAUCCACUAAUUUUUGAAAAUUUUAGUGGACUGAUAAAUGUUAAAAUCAUGCAAACAUCAAGCACUUGUCCAUUUAAAUAUAAAACUAAAUGUUCGAUGUUCGAAUGGACGUUAAAUAUAUUAAUGUAGAUUGAGAAAAAAAA